AUGGAGAGGCUCGAUGGAAGAAAGAUGAAGAUGGAAGAAGUAGAACUCACUGAGAACAUCGGGCUCCCAGUGAAUCUGCUUGACAAACACGACCCGUGGCCGGCCUAUGUCACAUACACCUCCCCGAUGGUGAAGAGACUCAUAGAGAAGAGCAAGGCCAGAGAGCUGGAGUGCCUGCAAACGGUGGAGGAGAGUCGGCGGGGGGGCAAGCAGAGCAAGCCAGCCAGCCUCAUCCAGCUGAAGAGGAGGAAGUCUUCCAAGUCCUCAGGCACUGCCACCUUCAAGGACCUGAGGUCCGAGACCAUGCUGUCUGUGUGGGGCCCCCUCACCAUGUCGGCCAUGGGGCCCCCGGGGGUCCCAGAGCCCCUCCACCUGCACUCAGACUCCAGGGCGAGUCCCACCACCAGCUACAACAAGAUCAUCUUUGCCCGGGCGCCCACCAUGAGGACGCUCCCUUACACGGCCGGGCGGCCGUCAGAAAUGUUUUGCCUCUAG